UCGCCCGCCCGCCCGCAAGCAGCAGCCCCGACCGAUCCCGGCAGCCCAGCCCCUUUCCGAGGAAGGCUGGGCCCAGCCAAGCCAAGCCGCUGAGGGGAGAAAACUACGCCCGCCCACUAGCGAUUGCUCUGCCUCAAGAAGACCCAGUUCCGCCUCGGAAGCGAUGGCGUUGUAGAACAUCUCCCUCAGCCGUUUCGCCGCCGGGACAUGGGCCUGCCCCGGGUCGGGAGGCGGAGGUGGAGGCAGUUGCGAGACCCCCGCCGCGAAAACAACCAGUGUUGCUCAGUAAUUUUAAAAAACCUGUAACAUCCUUGGAAGCCUUUAACGUCCUUUUGAGGAGACAUAACUAUAUAUUAACAUGCCUGCCGUAGCAUCUGUACCUAAAGACCUAUACCUCUGCACUUCAUUGAAAGAUCUUAACAAAAAGACAGAAAUAAAACCUGAUAAAACCAGUACCAAAAGUUAUGUACAGAGUGCCCUUAAGAUCUUCAAAGCAGCUGAGGAAUGCCGCCUGGACAGAGAUGAAGAGAAGGCCUAUGUAUUUUACAUGAAGUAUGUGACUGUGUAUAAACUUAUUAACAAAAGGCCCGAUUUCAAACAGCAACAAGAUUACUUUCAUUCAAUACUUGGACCUACAAACAUUAAAAAGGCUAUUGAAGAAGCUGAAAGACUUUCAGAAAGUCUUAAACUCAGAUAUGAAGAAGCAGAAGUGCGGAAGAAACUGGAAGAAGAGGAAAGGCAAGAGGAACAGCAGUUGAAAAAGCAGGAAUCAAACGACGAUGCAAAUGUGUUGACCAAAACCUCUUCAGAAACACCAUCAGAUCCCAUAGGAAAAAAUCAAAUGAUCAACGGUGAGAGCAAGAGUUCUACAGAAAGAAAGGAACUUCCUGAAACUGGAGCAAUCACGGCAGAGAAAUUGUUUAAAAUGAUGAUGGACAAGACCAUCAAGUUGAUGAUAAUGGAUGCUCGAUGCUUGAAGGAUUACCAGGAGUCCUGCAUUGUAAACUCUGUCUGCGUUCCAGAAGAAGCUAUCAAUCCGGGAGUCACUGCUAACUGGAUUGAAGCUAAACUCCCCGAUACGUCUAAAGAGCCAUGGAAAGGGAGAGGGCAAUUCAAUUACGUUGUUCUGCUGGACUGGUUUAGUUCAACCAGAGACUUGCAGUUAGGAACACCUCUGCGGAGCCUCAAAGAUGCACUUUUCAAGUGGGAAAGUAAAGCUGUUCUGCAGAAUGAGCCCUUGAUCUUGGAAGGAGGAUAUGAGAACUGGCUUCUUUGCUAUCCCCAGUAUACAACAAAUGCCAAAGUAACUCCACCCCAGCAUGGCAAGAAUGAAGCUGUUUCUGUCUCUUCAAAAUGUUUGUGUGUUUUAGUGGAUUUUACUUACCCAUGUUUGGAAGAACCAGCUCCAUCUCCAGUACCUGUUGUCCAUGUAAAACCUUCUGUGGUGGAAGCUACUGAAAGACCUGAUACUGAAAAUGAUCAGGAAGAGAGAAUACAGACAUUUCAACCACCAACUCCUAGUGGAUCAAUUGCUACUCCUGCUAAAUCUAACAACUUACCUGCCAUAGCCCAACCAGUAAAGAUUGUUCCUCAGAUUGAUCGUACAAAAAAACCUUCAGGAAAACUUCCAGGUGCUGAUAAUAGGCCAAAAGCUGAAAGCCCAACCCCUGGCAAGCGGCUCCUUUCAAAUGGCAGAGCGGUUCCAGACCGUUCCACAAAGCCCCCGUUGGAUGCAAAGCCCAGCCCGAAAGAGGAGGAGAAAAGCUACGUCCCUGCAGAAAAGAACAAACAGGAGAAAGAACUGCAGGAGAAGCAAGACAAAGAACAGAGAGAGAAGCUGCGACAGGAGACGCAAGAGCAGAGAGCGGGAGAGGAGCAGGAGGAAAGGGAAGACGGAGAGAGCCUCCAGAAAGCAAAAGACAAAGAGAAGAGCGAAAGAGAGCCGCAAGCCAGCAAGGGAGCAUCUGAAAAGCAAGAACUGGAGAAGGCACCCAAAGAGUUAACAGACAUUAAAAAACCAAGUAGCCUUGAAAAUGAAUCCCCCGAAGUCAGAAAACUGGACGCUGACAAAAUUGCUGCCAGGGAAAAAGCCAAAGUUACUUGGACACCAGAAAUGCAGAGACGCAAAUUUGCAGAGGAGUCUCGGGCAUCUGUAAGAGGGGAUUCUGGCUCGAGCAAGCAGACGGGGGUUAAAGGACAACCAGAAAGAGAAUCUCAAAAACCAGGAGCCAUUAGAGAAGAUAUUGAACCAGAAUCUGAAAAAAAUAAAUCUCAGCGGGAGCCAUUAACAAGAGCACGAAGCGAGGAGAUGGGAAGGGUAAUACCGGGACUGCCAUAUGGUUGGGUCAAGUUUCUUGAGCCAGUCACUGGGACUUUUCGUUACUACCACUCGCCAACAAAUACAGUUCACAUGUAUCCACCAGAAAUGAGUCAGUCAGCCACUCCACCCUCUACCCCGCCGACACAUAAACCAAAGCCUCAGGCCGUUGAUCAGCGGGACAGGGAGCACUCCAAAUUGAAACGCUCUUACUCCUCACCAGACAUAACUCAGGCCAUUCAAGAGGAAGAAACGAAGAAAAUCACAGUCACACCUACUGUUAAUCGUGAGAAUAAGCCAGUAAACUAUGCUAAAACUGAAAUCUCCAGGCUCUCUGCAUCUCAGAUUCGUAGCCUCAACCCUGUGUUUGGAGGAAUGGGACCAGCUCUCACAGGUCUUCGUAAUUUGGGAAACACUUGCUAUAUGAACUCUGUGUUACAGUGCCUGUGUAAUGCACCACACCUGGCUGAUUAUUUCAACCGAAACCUCUAUCAAGAUGAUAUCAACAGGUCAAAUUUCUUGGGGCACAAAGGUGAAGUGGCUGAGGAGUUUGGCAUUAUCAUGAAAGCUCUCUGGACUGGCCAGUACAGAUAUAUCAGUCCAAAAGACUUUAAAGUUACCAUUGGGAAGAUCAAUGACCAAUUUGCAGGGUACAGUCAGCAAGACUCUCAAGAAUUGCUUCUGUUCCUAAUGGAUGGUCUCCACGAAGACUUAAAUAAAGCUGACAACAGAAAGCGUUACAAAGAAGAAAAUAAUGAUCAUCUGGAUGACUUCAAAGCAGCUGAUCUUGCCUGGCACAAACACAAACAGCUCAAUGAAUCCAUUAUCGUUGCACUGUUCCAAGGCCAGUUCAAAUCCACAGUUCAGUGUCUGACAUGUCACAAAAAGUCUCGGACCUUUGAGGCUUUUAUGUAUUUGUCCUUGCCGCUUGCAUCCACCAGUAAAUGCACCCUACAGGAGUGCCUUAGAUUAUUCUCCAAAGAAGAAAAACUGACGGAUAACAAUAGAUUUCAUUGUAGCCAUUGCAAAACCCGAAGAGAUUCUUUGAAAAAAAUAGAAAUCUGGAAGCUGCCCCCUGUUCUGUUAGUGCACUUGAAACGAUUUUCUUACGAUGGACGGUGGAAGCAAAAGCUUCAGUCAACAGUGGAUUUCCCUCUGGAAAACCUUGACUUGUCACAAUAUGUUAUUGGUCCAAAGAGUAACUUGAAGAGAUAUAACCUGUUUGCAGUAUCUAAUCAUUAUGGAGGGCUGGAUGGAGGACAUUACACAGCCUAUUGCAAAAAUGCUGCAAAACAGCGAUGGUAUAAGUUUGACGAUCAUGAAGUCUCUGAGAUCUCCGCAUCCUCCGUGAAAUCCUCAGCUGCUUAUAUCCUCUUUUACACUUCUUUUGAACAGCGAACUGCUGAUAUAGCCACAUAAAGAAUUAUUUGAAGGAUAUUUGUGUCUUUUUUUUUUUGGCAAAUGCAUCAUAAUAAGCUGAGCUUUGAUAAGGUUACUUGCUGAGUAAGAAGAUGGUUACAGCAGUUUCUUGGCUGAGGCGUCUGUUAUUACUAUCGCUUGAUUUGACAAUGGUUAACUCUGCUGUUUAACAAUAUGGAACAACUAGUUUCAAAAUAAUUUUUCAUGAUGCUCCAAAAUGAUAAAUCUAGCUUAGUCAUUUUAAAGUCAUUAAUAUGUGGGUUUUAGGUGCCCCCAAACCCAACAAUAUCUUUGUUGUCUCCCACAUUUAUGGCCUUUUCACCCUAACCUUAAGCUUGAUUCUACUGUGAAUAUCCUAGAAUGGCGAAAACAGGUAGGAAUGUAUGUGUACAUAUUGAUUGCAGACUUGCACAGCCAGAUGAUGUAUAUAAUAAAGAUAUGUGGUCCUUUGAGAUCUACUAGAA